CAUGAACUUGAAAUGAAAGAAGAUAAUUUUGCACAAGAAAGAGAUGAGUUCUGCAAGCAAAAAGAAAGCAUGUUGAAAGACAUCCAGGAGGUACUGCAACCAUUUCACAUUAAAUUUAUAAUCAGAAAAAAUAUCGGACUAGGGCAAUGUUGCGUGACCUCUGAAAUAUUUUUGUGACAAUAUUACAAAAACAAUGUAAAAAAGACGCGAUGGAACAAAAAAAGGAUGAAGAAAGCGAUGAAAACACACGAAAGAAUAAAGGAACGAAUGUCAUUAUUCGUCGAUAACAUAGGUUGUUUACUAUUUACAUGGAAAUUCCGGUUGUUCCAUACGGAAAGUAAAUGGAACAAGCAUAUUUCGACGGCCCAACCGGAAAUUUUCCGGAAUGGACGGUUUGUUUGAAAAGGUUGUCCUCUCUUACCGAUUGGAACGUUUCAACCGAUGAAUUUUGUUCCAUUUACAUUUUUUAUUUUUUCACCAGUUCCAGGCUCUUCGCGAUUUAAUUCAAACCGGAUAGGUUUUCCAUAUAAAUGGUAAACAACCCUUCAGUGCCUUCCGGUCAGUCAUUCUAAAUGGAAAGCGCAUAAUCCGAAUGGGAUUUUCUAUUCGAAAUUUUGCUUACCAUUGGCACAAUUUCAAACCGGAUGGGUUUUCCAUGUAAAUGGUAAACAACCAUAGAGAACUUCCAACAAAAUACAUGUUCAUGUUUCUAUCACUGCUCUGUUUAAAAACAUGUACCAGCGAUGUAACUUAAGCCUGGCGCACACGAUGCGAUUUUAGUCAGCCGAUGAAAAUCGUUUGACAUACCGAUAUACAUCGGUAUACUCUGCACACGAUUACGAAAAAAAUACGCUCCCUGAACUGUAGCCGCCAUGUUGCCAAAUAAAUACAAGCACGUGAUCACAGCAUGAAAUCUGAUUGGUUAUACUUAAAAUUCCACCGAUAAAAAUCGUAUAAUAUCAAAACGUUUUGAUGUUGUCCGAUUAAAAUCGAGCAACAAAAAUCGGUUAAAAAUGACACCGCACACACAACGAUUUUGUUAGUUUUAGUCAAACGAUUUUUAUCGGCCGACUAAAAUCGCAUCGUGUGCGCCUGGCUUUAGCCCCUGCCCGGGCCAAGUAAACAUUAUUACGGGCAAUAAUUAAUAAAUUAUAAUUGCUACACUAAAUUGUUUGCUUGUUUAUGGUAUAAAUGUGAGUGAAUCAGCUGAAAUCAACACUUCAUGAUUCAGUCUUCAAAUAUAGAACUUUGUUACGGGAAGCAUAAGAUUAGAUUACAUUAGAAUGUUGAUUAAUCAAUCCUGCAAAUGUUGUUAAAAUGUGAGUGCAAACUAGACAUGAAGACAAGUGAAUUUUAUUCCAGACAACCAAUUUUCAUGUCUAACUUGCCCUUCUCGCAAAUGAUAAAAACAGUUAAGUUGUACCACUGUGUACUCUGUGGCGAAAAUUACAAUAUUCGUGUUUCUGUUGUUGUGUACUCAGGUGAAGAUAUAUGAUUGCGAUGUAUCCAUAGAUAUCUUAUAUAGACUAGAUAGCGCAUCUCUUUUAGUAAAAUUGAAGCCAAGAAUAUUUCAGCGGUUACCCCCAUUUGAAUAGAUGACGGCCAUGUUGGAGUUUCCCACUCGCUAAUAAACGCUUAAAAAACAACAAUAACUUUCAUCAUUUGAAUAGUUUGAAAAUGUAUUUGGAAUAGGUUUAACUUAAUGUUUAAGUUCCCUGUUUAAGAAAUAGAAAACAUACAAGUCUUCUCAUUUCAUGGGAAUAUCCUGAGUCUGCAAUCACGGCUUCAAUUGUUGAAUUGCAGAAUAAUUAGACGCACUAUCUAGUGUAUAUAAGAUAUCUAUGGAUGUAUCUCAGAGUGUGUCCACACCGGACAAGCGAAAAGUUUGCUUGCGGUGAGAAUCGAACUCGCACCCUUUGGUUUGCUAGUCCAAUGCUCUACCAACUGUGCUAUGAGGUCACGUCGGUUCGAGUGGCUGAUAGUUUGGAACUCAGUCUAGUUCCUUCGAUAUCAGUAGGUUUUUACAAUCUUGAAUUCGUGUUUCUGUUGUGUACUCAGGUUGAAGAUAUAUAGCAAAGGUCGCGGGUUCGAUUCCCACCGCGGUCAAGCAAACUUUUCGCUUGCCCGAUGUGGACACAGUCAGAGAAAUGUGGCAAUCAUAUUACAAUAUUCGUUAACCAGACACUAAACAUGAAAAAGCUUUAAUUAUCCAUGUCAGAUUAUAAAUGGUCACUUUCUUGCUUUGAUUUGGUAUCAUAGCUACGACUCCGUACCCGUGGUGAACAGCAAGCACGAGAGACCGAACAGAACGACCAUGCCAUGAUGCUGAAGGAAAUGCAAGUACUUGUGGCUAAAGAAAGGCUAGCAAGAGAACAACUUGAAAAUAAGAUUAAACAUCUUGAAAAGGAAGCACAUGAGAGUAGGUUGAUCAAAUCAGAAGAUGGAUCGAAAGCAAACUCAGCAG